GAGAGAAUCGACGAAUCGCGUUGAUCAGUUCUCGCCGAAUUGUUCAAAUCGGAUUGGUCGAUUCUCUCUCCGUUCCGAGAUUUUCAAUGUUGUCGUGGAAACAAGACUUGAAGGAUCGCGAUAUUUGUGGACAAGUAGAGAACGGAACGUCACAAGCUAACCUCCUCUUUUGUUGCGAGGUUAAGUUUUACUUGCACCGCGUCAUUUCUGUAUUUACGAGGGAUUUCCGACUGAGGAACACAUCUUCGUUCCCGUUUUCGUUCCGCGAGAAGCGCGAUGGAUUUUCAAAAUCGUCCCGGUGGCAAAACCGGCGGGGGCGGCGUCGCUUCCUGGUCGGAGAGCAAUCGCGAUCGCCGGGAACGUCUACGCCAGCUCGCUCUGGAAACCAUCGACCUGAACAAAGAUCCCUAUUUCAUGAAGAAUCACUUGGGCUCGUACGAAUGCAAACUCUGUCUAACUCUGCACAAUAACGAGGGCAGUUACUUGGCCCACACACAGGGUAAGAAGCAUCAGGCUAAUCUAGCGAGAAGAGCGGCCAAGGAGGCCAAGGAAGCACCGCAGACCUUGGCGCCGGAAAAGCCUCGGGUCGAACCGAAGAAGUUCGUUAAAAUCGGUCGACCUGGUUAUCGCGUGACCAAACAGCGCGAUCCAGAAUCCGGUCAGCAGAGUCUUCUGUUCCAAGUGGACUACCCGGAGGUGGCGGACAAUGUGAUACCGCGACACAGGUUUAUGUCCGCUUACGAGCAAAGGGUUGAACCGCCUGACAGAAAAUGGCAGUAUCUGCUGUUCGCGGCUGAACCUUACGAAACCAUAGCUUUUAAAGUACCUAGUAGAGAAGUAGAGAAAGCAGAAGGAAAAUUUUGGACUCACUGGAACAAGGACACCAAACAAUUCUUCCUGCAGUUUGCUUUCAAAAAUGAGAAACCAUCCGUGGGCAAAGUGCCACCACCGCCUGUUCCCUUGAUAAGGCCUGGAUUGGGUCCGAUGGUACCCGUUCCACCACCUCCGCCCAGACCACCGAUAUUCAAUCCGGUACCUCCGCCACCGGCUCUUUUGGCAACGGGAAUGCAAAUUCCUCCUCCGCCGCCUCAUAUAGCAUAAGACAAUCGGAACAAACACGAUUUCCUGAAUUAAAACUUUACGAAUCUUUUAAAUAAUUUUAUAUAUUUCAACGUGUAAUUUUUUACGAAAAAUUGCAUUAAGAUAUAAAGAAAUAUUUGAAGAAAUAUUUCAAAAAAAAUUGAUGUGUAUGACUGUGAGAAAUUAGCACAAAAGGAGAAACUUGUGUACAGAGAAUUAGGGAGAAAACAUUUGGGGAGAGAAACAACAAUACUGUAUGUGUAUGUUGAAAACAUAUUUAUUAUAUAGCGAAAAAACAUUUAUUUCCAUUUUGUAUCCGGAGAAGUUGUAAUAUUCUGAAAAUAAAAUACACAAAUUUAUUAAU